AUGGACCCUUUAUCUAUUUUAAUGGCGUGCAUAACUCUAGGGGGCCUUAUAUUCAACGUCUCUGGGGUGGCCGCGGCCUUUGUGUGUGAUAUACGAGCAGCCGAAACCGACGUCAACGAGAUAAUAUCGGAAUUUGAGUCUAUAAGCGCUACGAUAAAGCUUCUCACCGAAGACUUCUUAGAGCGAACACCCGAGCGUCUAAGAGACAAGAUAUCGGGUGUUGUGGCCAGUUGUGGCAAAACCAUCGACGAAAUCUACGGCAUUCUCUCCUCCUAUUAUCAUCCUCCGCUUGGCACAAGAAAAUUGCGUUGGGUAUAUAGUGGCAAGAAGAGCUUAGAAAGGUUGAAAAACAGUCUUAAUACGCAUGGCCUUGUGUUGGCCAUAGCAUUGGACAUAGCUAACUUGGUUACUAUCGGAGACGUUAAUGAUAACAUCAUCGGAAUCAAGGAUUAUACCGUUUAUAUGAAGGAUGAUGUCGCCCAGAUCUUGGACAGAGUAGAACGAAUCAACCGGCACCUCUCAGACGGCGGACAGAGCUUGAUGCUUCGACGCUGGCUUGCCGAUACUUCGUCCUACGCUGAAAGUGUCUUCACGUCCGAUGGGCUUGAUACUGCGGUACUACGACAACGUUAUGGGAUUACCCCUGAGUCUGCUUCUUCGCUACACCGAGCACCAGUUUCGAUAAACCGCGAAUCGGGAUACUCUGGCAUAUCACAACAGAAUAUAAGAGAGUCCAUUUCGGACGAAAUAAACCACCCUGAUAAUGCUAAAAAGCAAUGGAAAAAGGGCAUAGCAAUGACCACGACGGUUAAAACGGGUUAAGCAGCACAGCAAGCUAGACGAAAAGCCUCUCUGCGCCCUCGUUCGGAGUCCUCCUCAUCUUCACACUUAUCUCCUGCUAC